GGGAUGUCUCGCGUCCUCUUUCGUCUCUGUAUGAUUGCACAAGCAGCAGACUGAGCGGUCAACAUGGCAGCACUUUUCAAAGCUGGAAAAGCCCUUGGCCUGUGUGGCUGUAGAUCUCUGUCCUCGCUAGCUGAGCUACCAGAGAUGCAUCAGAUGAUGAGACAGACCUGUAGAGACUAUGCAGACAGAGAACUGGCUCCUAUAGCUGGCAAAUUAGACAAGGAGCACCUCUUUCCCGCCCGACAGGUGCGAGAGCUGGGUGCUAUGGGGGUGAUGGCUGUAGAGGUUCCUGAGGCGCUGGGAGGAGCAGGUAUGGACUACCUGGCCUAUUCCCUGGCCGUGGAGGAGAUCAGUAGGGGAUGUGGCAGCACUGGAUGUGUGGUCUCGGUCAACAACUCUUUGUACAUAGGGCCGAUAUUGAAGUUUGGAACAUCGGAGCAGAAGGAUCAGUGGAUCCCCCCUUUCACAACCGGAGAGAAAGUUGGCUGCUUCGCUCUGAGUGAACCAGGUAAUGGUAGUGAUGCAGGGGCAGCGUCUACAUUAGCCAGACAGGAGGGAGAGGAGUGGGUACUGAACGGGACUAAAGCCUGGAUCAGCAACUGCUGGGAUGCCUCAGCUACUGUCGUAUUCGCUACCACCGACAAGUCACUCAAACACAAGGGUAUCAGUGCAUUCCUGGUGCCCAUGCCUCACCCUGGCCUUUCCCUGGGGAAGAAGGAGGACAAGCUAGGCAUCAGAGCAACCUCCACAGCCAACCUCAUCCUGGAGGACUGUAGGAUACCCCUGGGCAACAUGCUGGGGCCACGAGGGUCUGGCUUCAAGAUAGCCAUGCAAACCCUGGACGGUGGGCGUAUAGGCAUAGCAUCCCAGGCUCUGGGCAUUGCUCAGGCGGCUCUGGACUGUGCUGUGGACUACGCUCACAAACGCACCGCCUUCGGAGCUCCCAUUGGCAAGCUGCAGGCCAUACAGUUCAAGCUGGCGGACAUGGCUGUAGCUGUUGAAAGCGCUCGUCUCCUCACCUGGAAGGCUGCAAUGCUAAAAGACGCCAAGAAACCCUUCACCAAGGAAGCAGCGAUGGCCAAACUAUCAGCGUCGGAGGCCGCUACCUUCUGCGGCCAUCAGUCGAUCCAGGUUCUUGGGGGAAUGGGUUACGUGACGGACAUGCCAGCAGAGAGGCACUACCGCGACGCGCGAAUCACUGAGAUCUACGAGGGCACCAGUGAGAUCCAGAGACUGGUGAUAGCCGGCCAGCUGCUGAAGGAGUAUGUACCAUAGAGACUUGCGGGCUGCGCCCCGGAUGGCAGUCUAUUCGCUACAUAGUGCACUAUUUUUGGACAGACCCCAACGGUCAAAAGUGGUGCACUAUAUAGGGAAUGGGUGCAAUUUCAAAUUGGCCCAUAACAGCCAUGACACCCAGGACUGUGUUCAGGACUGCAGUGUUCAACAGUGUUGCACAGUGUCAUCAGCGUCAGUCAGCUACUGAACUAAAGGAAUGUCAGACAUGGAGACAGACUCGCACAGCUCUGGGUAGAAGUUGCCCUUAACCACAGAUCUAGGAUCAGAUUGACAAACUAAUGCCCAAAUCCUAACCUCAACUGUUACGGAGAGAAUAUUUGUCCCUGGACCAGUGGAUAGAGGCACCUUGUACCUACCACUCCAAAGGGACAAGAAGACCAGGCCUGCAUUCAGGACUGCGGUGUUCAGCAAUGUUGUGGAACACUGCAACAUGCAUCCCACCUUACUUCAACUUUGUAUAACGAUUGCGAAACAAUCCAAGACUGUCUCCAGGUUGAAGCCAUUUUGUAACUGUCGAUAUCAACAUGGAGAUAAAUAUCAACCUUUCUGCCUUAACUUCAUAAUAUUAUCUGCUUUGAACUGAUGGUGUCUGGUAAUACAAGCUAGUAGACUCGCAAUUCUCACUGUGACCCUGUCGGUGUGAGGUGCAGUGCCUACUAGAGCCACAGGAGGGGAGUGUAGAGUUUGGACUGCUGUCCUGCCAUCACCUGCACUUCAAACGACGAGGGAAAUCACAACAACAACGUUUGAACAAGUGUAACAUCCCUCCUUAUUCUCUGCCGUGUAAAUAUUCACUGAUCUAAAAGAGUUCUGUAGUCAUAAAACAAGGACUCCACGGCGCACCCAGGCUAGGCUGGUGGAUGAGACUAAUAGUUAGCCUCCACCAUGUUGGAAUCGGAUCAAUAAUUACUUCAAGCAGGGGGGGGGGGGGGUAAGAGAUGCAUUUUGAAGUAAUAAACAGGGUCACACACACACCUUAGUGUUCCUGUCGGUGCCUGGUCUGAUGCUGCACAGAACCAAACAUGUUUUUUUAUGGACCUACGACGACUGGGAAGUAGUUUAAUGGUUUAACAUGUUUGGUUUUUUGUCUUUAUGACCGUCAGUUUUUAGGGUUAAUGAAUUAAUCUCAGUUUUGGUAUAAAGAGUGAUCUGUUCAGAUGAAACUGUAAAUGCCACAGCUAGAGAACCUGUUUCUGUCCGAGUUUCAGAGAUGAAAAUGAUAUGUUUUACGAUGAUGCCCUACACAGCCCAAGCUUGUGCCUCAACAUAAACUGCUGUUGAUCAUAUUUUAUCAUAAUUGAUGGUACAUGAUGAAAUAAAAAAACAUAUUUUCAUGUUAAAUA